AUGGCUGACCUCAGUCUUGUAGAUGCAUUAACAGAACCAACUCCAGAGAUUGAAGGAGAAAUAAAGCGGGACUUCAUUGCCACAUUGGAAGCCGAGGCCUUUGAUGAUGUUGUGGGAGAAACUGUUGGAAAAACAGACUAUAUUCCUCUUCUGGAUGUUGAUGAAAAAACUGGAAACUCGGAGUCAAAGAAGAAAUCAUGUGCAGAUACUAGCCAGGUUGAAGGUACACCAUCUUCUAAACCAGCAGUGCUAACCAAUGGAGAUCAUGAAAUAAAAGAGAAUGACACUACAGAGUUCCCUACUGAUUUUCUUGAUGAGAAAAUAGUCUACCAGGACUAUAUAAAUAGUGGAAACUGGCCUGAAGAUCCAGACUUUUGUUACCAACCAGAGCAAGUGUUAAAUCCUCUUCAGUCUGGUUCCUUUCAGAUGCACCACGAUGAUGGCCUGGCAGAUUCUCUCUUUUACCCCAGUACCACAACGAAUGUCUCACCAUUCCCAGGGAAAAAUGAUCCUUUCCAGAACAUUUAUGGUAUGCCUCAUUGUGACACAUUGGCUUCAGCGACUGGUGAUGUUCUGCAGGGGUGGUCUGUGGAAGCCCCCAACUCUCCAUACUCCACAUCCUUCUUUCCCCCGGACACUAGUAACCAAUCUCUGCCGCACACGGAAGAGCCAGCAAAGGACAUAGAAAUGGCAUCACCAAAAGAGAUGACACCCACAAAAGUAUUGGAAAUAUUCCCAGCUGAAGAACCAGAGAUGAUGGCCCCAGUCAGGGACAUGGAACCAACCACAGAAACAGAGAUGACAUUAACUAAAGACAUGGAACCAUCCACCAAAUCAGAUGUGCUGGCCAAAGACUUGGAACCAGAUUUGUUUGCAUCAGAUUUGGCAGUAGCCAAGGACGUAUUACCCAAAGAAACAGAGGUGGUCUCAGCCCAGGAUGUUAAAUUGCCCACAGAAGCAAAUGCAUCUUUGGACAAGGACAUGGUACUAUCCACAGACACAGAGGUAACUCUGGCCAAGGAUUUAACAGGGCUUAAAGAAGCAGAAGUAAAGCCAUCUAUUAAAAUGGAUUUGGUCUCAUCUGAGGGCUUGGUGUCACUCUCUCAAGUAGAUGUGGCUAAGGACAGCGUAACAGCCACAGAAAUAACCCCAGACGAGGAAGGGCCCCUGUCCCCAAGAAAAGAGGUUGCUUUCGACGAAGAUGUGGCACUGCCUACAGAGGCAAAGGUAGUCUUAACCAAAGAUGUGACUUCAUCCCCAGAACCAGAAAUGGCCUUGGCCAAGGGUGUUGACUCACCUCCAGAAGCAGAGGUAACCCCCAUUAAGGAUGUGGCUCCACCCCCAGACACAGGAAUGACCUUGACCAUGGAUGUGACUCCACCUCCAGAAGCAGAGGGAACUCCAGUCAAGGAUGUGACUCCAUCCCCAGAAACAGAAGUGGCCUUGUCCAAGGAUUUGGCUCCACCUCCAAAACCAAAUGUAGCUCCUAUCAAGGAUGUGGUUCCUUCCUCAGAAAAGGAGAUGGCUCCAGCCAAGUGUAUGCCUCUGCCUCCAGAAGCAAAAGCUGCCCUAGUCAAGGACAUUCCUCUGUCUCCAAAAACAGAAGUAGCUCUGCUUAAUGAUUUGACGGUGCCUUCUGGAACAGAUGUGACCCAAGCUGACAGUGUGACUCCAACCCAGGAUGCUCUGCCACCCUCUGCAGCAGGUGUGGCACCAACUCCAGUUCAAGCCACAGAAACCACGCAAACACAGGAAAGAAUAAGGGAAGAUUCCCUGUCCGAAUCUCUCCAGGAUAAGGAACAGUCACCUGUUUCCGUGAUUUCACCAGAACCAGUCACAGCCACCAGCCAGAACUACAGCUUGCCAACAGAUUCUGUGUCUGAGGAACUAGAACAGAAGAAACAAGUCAGCAGUCAGCCUGAUGAACUGUCUUCAGGGAUCUCAGGAGUGUCCAAGCCAGAGGAAGGGCGGCCUCCUGUGAGUGUGACCGGAAAUGACAUCACUGCCCCUCCAAAUAAGGAGCUCCCACCAAGCCCAGAGAAGAAAACAAAGCCUUUGGCCACCAUUCAUCCUGCAAAGACUUCAACAUCGAAAACCAAAGCACAGUCCGCUCCUAGCCCUAAACAGCUGGCACCCACCACCCCUGGUGGGUCAAAUAAAAAACCCAUGAGCCUUGCUUCCGGCUCAGUGCCAGCUGCCCCUCCCAAACGCCCUGCUGCUGCUCCUGCCCGGCCUUCCACCUUAUCGUCAAGAGACGGGAAGCCAAAGCCUGUUACAGAGGCAAAGGUUACUGAGAAGCGAACUUCGCUAUCCAAGCCAGCCUCGGCCCCAGCCACCAGACCUGGCUCUAAGAGCACCCAGACGGUCCUGACGGUUUCGAAGGCUGCAUCAUCGAGCACUCCCACAUCAGCUGUGCCAAGCAGUAGGAGCUCCCCCAUGCCUCUGCACAAGAGGCCUGCUUCUGUCAAGACUGAGGGGAAACUUCCAGACGUCAAGAAGGUGGCUGCAAAGUCUGCGUCAGCUGACUUGAGUCGCCCAAAGAGUACCUCUGCCACUUCUGUGAAGAAAAAUACCACUUCAACUGGGCCAACACCCCCAGCAGGAAUGGCUCCCAGCCGAGUCAAGUCCACCCCUAUGGCUCCUCGGACCUCCGUGAUGGCCCCCAAAGACAAGAAGCCUGUGCCAGCCAAGCCCAGUUCCUCUGCCCUCAGUCAGAGCCGUCUGGGUACCAGUACUUCCACCCCUGAUUUGAAGAAUGUCCGCUCGAAGAUUGGCUCCACAGAAAACAUCAAACAUCAGCCUGGAGGAGGCCGGGCCAAAGUAGAGAAAAAAACAGAGGCAGCUGCUGCAGCUGGAAAGCCUGAACCUAAUGCAGCCCCUAAAACAGCCGGCCCCACUGCCAGUCCACAGAAACAGCCUACUGGGAAAGUCCAGAUAGUCUCCAAAAAAGUGAACUACAGCCAUAUUCAGUCCAAGUGUGGUUCCAAGGACAAUAUUAAGCAUGUCCCUGGAGGUGGCAAUGUUCAGAUUCAAAACAAGAAAGUGGACAUCUCGAAGGUCUCUUCCAAAUGUGGUUCCAAGGCUAACAUCAAGCACAAGCCUGGUGGAGGAGAUGUCAAGAUUGAGAGUCAGAAGUUGAACUUCAAGGAGAAGGCUCAGGCCAAGGUGGGAUCGCUCGAUAAUGUGGGCCACCUGCCUGCGGGAGGUGCUGUGAAGACUGAGGGCGGUAGCAGCGAGGCCCUUCCGUGUCCGGGCCCCCCUGCUGGGGAGGAGCCAGCCAUCCCUGAGGCAGCGCCUGAAGCUGGCACCCCCUCUUUGGCCAGUGGCUCUAGUGGCCACACCACCCUUUCAGGGGGUGGUGACCAAAGGGAGGCCCAGACCUUGGACAGCCAGAUCCAGGAGACAAUCCACCUGGAGGAGGAGUGGAAGUGGGUUCAUGCAGAGAGCUCCCCAACCAGCCCCCCUAUAGUCCACAAGCGCUGCCGCUCCAUUAGCCCCACAGGGACACUCACACCGGAGUGCCGGCCCCCUUCCCAGGUUAGUUAG